GGGGCAAGGUAGUGUUGGCAGCCCUGACAUUGUUUACACUCACUAACACGGUGAAACUGACUUUUCUUAUAUUAUCUUUAUUUUACAGUCAUCCAGGCCUCCUCACUCCUCAUAUAUGAACUAGAACAUGUGAUUAAUUCGGGAAAUAUGGGAAACAGCGAAGAAAUGAAGAAGAAAGCUGUUAAGAGAGCGAGGGUGGAGAGUUGUGGAGGCUGUAUCCCCGGUGAAGGUAAUGAUGGAGAUGUGUUGGUGAAGGAUGGUGGAGAUGUGUUGGUGAAGGAUGCUGGAGACGUGUUAGUGAAGGAUGGUGAUGUGUUGGUGAAGGAUGCUGGAGACGUGUUAGUGAAGGAUGAUGAUGUGUUGGUGAAGGAUGAGGCUACACACGGUGGAACUAGUGUUGGUGAGAGUGUGGAGGCCGUGGUGGAGGCUCCCUGGGUGGGUGGGUCCACCAGGGAGGUGGAGGUAGGCAGUACACCCCCCCAAGCCACCAUUACUGACCUCACUCAACACUUCCAGUCCAUCUUCGACAGGACCACCUUCAGGAGCUUCAAAGAAUUUGAAGAUUUAUUCAACCAAUUCAAGAAAGAAACUGGUUCUGUGUUCCGCAUCAAGUCAUCGUGCAGUGUGGCUUAUGAGAACUCCCGCAGGAAGAAGCACUUUAUCCCUGCCCACUUCAAGUUUGUGUCUGUGAGGUACUGCUGUGUACACUAUGGACAGCCCAAGAUUGCUGGUCAGGGAAUACGCAUGAAGCAGAGGUACCUUCCAUGUGGGUGUGAGUGUUUCUUGUACGUUUCAUAUAACCGAGGUGCGCUGGUUAUAUCUCAAGCAGCAAUGCAGCACAACCACGAGGUGAGCAACCAGAUGGCCCCUUAUUACGCUAUCAAUCGACGAAUUAGUAAUGAAGAACUGAGGCAGGUAGCGGAUGUAAUAGAGUUGAUACCCAGCAGUCGUGCUCUACAGCAUUUCCUGCAAGAACAUUUCCACCGCCCUACCACACUGCAAGAUGCAAAGAAUGUUCGAGCAAGACUGAAGACCCUACAGCUGAACCGUGCAGCAAACUCAGGUGCUGUUAGGUCAUUUCAAUCAGAAACUGUAAUGCAGGAGAUGAAAGAGGAAAAUAGCAGUGAAGACAGUAUUAAAACUUCGGUAGAAAACCUUAGCGAGGAAAUUUAUAUGGAUAACUUUCAUGAUGAAAAUCAACAGGUGGAACAGGAACAGCAGGAACAACAGCAACAAGAACAGCAGCAGCAACAACAAAAACAUCAGUUACAACAACAGCAGCAGCAACAACAAAAACAUCAGUUACAACAACAGCAGCAGCAACAACAAAAACAUCAGUUACAACAACAGCAGCAGCAACAAACUUAUGUCCAUCAUCAACUGGGUCAGGAUCAGCUUCUACAGCCAAAGUGCAAAGAGAAAGUUAUUAGUGAAAUAAAAGCCAAGUUAUCAGACUUGAUGCACUUUUGUGAAACUGAUGUAUUUUGGGAACGUAUAUCUGUCAUUAACAAAAUAAUAGAGUGUUGGGAAAAUGGAGAUCAUUUUGAUAUACAUUAUGCAUCAGAAAAUAUUUACAGCAGUGACGACCAUACAGUUAUUAAACAAGAGUCUGUACUUCAUGAGAGAGGUCAUAGUUCAUCUCAACCACAGAGGAAGGUACUCUCACAGGGAAGACUUGAGAAAACUCCACUUGUAAAGUUGCCCUCCUCCAUAGUAAAUAAUUCAGACUCUGCCUUGAGAGGCUUUAACAUGCAGCUUCUGCCCACUCCAUGCGAUGGGGAGGCUUUAAAACUUGUGUUUUCUCAAGACAAAAAUAAAAUACAUAAUACAUCUGCUACAGUUCAAAAAAGGCAUCCUGGUAGGCCUAGAAAAAAUUAUUUCAAGUUCCCUUUGAAGCAGAGAGAGGAGUUAAGUGAACUGUCAUCAGUUAUGGAAUUAUCUGAAAAGUCAAACUUAGUGAAAACUCCAUCAUGUAGUGAAAAUAUUGAACAAAACAGGGUAAGAACUAGCAUGACUUACGCAAAGCAGCCCAUAGUAAUGUCUGUAACAAAAGAUAAUUCUUCAGAUAUGUGUGACCAGGCAAUGGAAAUUGAGAUAGAAAUUAAUGGGGAUGCUGUAAACGUAAAACGGGUUAAAAUGGAUCCUUUAGAGAGCUAUGAAGUCGAUGUGACUGAUAACAUUCAUUAAAAAAGGCAGAGUAUAUCAGACCAGCUUACAAACAAAUUGCAGUCCUGGUGUUACAAUUUACUGACAAGUAAUAUUUUAGUAUUACAACUUACAAACAAGUUGCAGUCAUGGUAUUUCAGCUUCAAAAUGAGUAGCACUCUUUGUAUUACAACAUACCACACCAGUUGUAUUCUGUGUUUCAACUUCAAAACCAAGUUGUUUGCAAAGAAAACAAUAGUACAAACAACAUUAUGUUUCAGACAUGCUCAUAUUGCAACUUUCUCAUUGUAAAACUUUAAUUAGUUUGUAAUACCUUGUUUGUGUCAGUAUGGAUAUGUAUAACUUGAGUAUUUGCAUGGUGGAGACCUAUUUCAUAAUAUCCACCACGAUUGUAAGGAAAGGUUAAUAAAAUAUUUAUCUUAA